GUCAUAACUCCGCCCGAGUCGUGGGAGGUGCUGCUGAGGAGUGGGAGUCCGGCUCUGAGCCGACAGAGGACAGGUUCACCAUCCCUCUCUAGAAGGUCUCCAGCCGGGUUGUUCUGUUCGUGUCUCCGGGUCUCCUGCUCAGCAGACCAAUGAGUCUACAGAGGUUCUGGUUCCUUGCAGUCCUGACUGGACUCGCAGGUUCAGGUGUGCUGCAGGUCAGUGGGAUCCGCAUCUACACAUCUGGCAAUGUUGAGGCAGUCAAUGGAACAGAUGUUCGUCUGAAGUGCACAUUUCAGAGUUCAGCUCAGAUAAACCCCAGUCUGGUUGUUGUCUCCUGGACCUUUAGACCUCUCGCAGGAGGCCAAGAGAUUUCGCUGUUCCACUACCAGCAGCAACCCUAUCCACCUCUUGAGGGAAUCUUCAGGAAGAAAAUUCUCUGGGCCGGGGAUCUCAUGGGCGGUGAUGCCUCCAUUAUAAUUCGAGAGGUCAAGUUAACCUACAAUGGAACCUACAUCUGUCAGGUGAAGAAUCCGCCAGAUGUCCAUGGCCCUGUUGGAGAGAUUCAGCUCCGUGUUGUUCUGACAGCCUCUUUCUCUGAUCUCCUCAUCCUGGCCGUGGCCAUUGGGAGCACCAUCGGUUGCAUAGUUCUCCUCCUUGUUAUCAGUUUGUGCUGCAGAAGGUGCAGAAAGAGACAGAGACUGGAAGGCAACGAAGAAUCUCCCUGCAAAGAAAGAAAAGACCCAGCAGCAUGUCAUCCCUCGUCUGUGUUCCACCUGUACCUAUUAGACACAUCCAUAGAGGUUGACACCUCAGACAGAAUGAUCUCAGACCCCAGCACCAAAGACUCCAGGUUCUCAGAAGACAAAGGCCCCAGCUGGGACGACGAUGAUGGCAGUGAUGACUCAGAUUGAUGACUGAAACGCUGAUGAUGCCUCCUGAGACUUGGAUGACAUGGAUCUGUCCAGGGUGGAGGCAGCUGCUGCUAUAAUGUAAACAAGCACAUGGUUUAAGAAUGAGAGGAAAAACUAGAACUGUCAUGAUCUGUGUCUGCAUCUCACCCAUCGACAUUAAUAUAUGGACAAUGGGUUUCCAUAGACUCCAAUAACAAGUUUUUGUGCUAAAAUGGGAGGUGGCCACCACCGCAAUUUUGACUGUGUCACAGCCCAGACAAUUCCAUAAAAGGGAAGAGAGGAGGAGCUGAGGGUGGGGCUGUAAGGCUGGGAUCAACUGACGACACCCGGUCGAACUAGCUACAAGCUAACCUGAAGCUAACCCAAAGCUAAUGCGGAGGUGGGAGCUAAGCUAACGGAGGUAGCAACCUAGCUACAACCGGAGUUAACUGUGCACAACACCAGAGCUUCUGAGUCAGAGAUACGCCGGGCUGACCGCUGGGUAAAACCGGGUGGAACACAGAGGUCUCCCGAGAGCUCCACAAGCCGACAGCCGCACAGCAGACAAGCGCCGCUGCGCAGAGCUGCCGCUGGGGAGAACCAGGUGGAAAGGUUUCCAUCCCAGAGCUCCACGAGCCGUCUGCCCGCCGCAGCACACAGAAGCCACGAUCAGACAGAUGCGCCGAGCUGCGGGGAGAAGUGGCGUAUUUUGGCGGUUCUGGCUUGCCAUAAGAACCAGCCGUCAGCCCGCCGCAGCACACAGAAGCCGCAAUCAGACAGCGAUGCGCCGAGCUGCUGGGAGAACCAGCCGUCAGCCCGCGCAGCUAACAGAAGUCGCAAUCAGACAGAGAUGGAUCGGGCUGCGGGGAGAAACAGCAGGCAUUCCAGGUGGAAAACAUCGGUCUCCCGAGAGCUCCACAAGCCGAUAGUCGGAACCCAGCUCCACCAACAUGUUAUAUUUCAACCCAUUUUCUAAAGUGCAGCAUUAUGUUAAAUGCACUGGGUUUUACCCUAUUACAUUUAAAUUUCAUGGUUAAACAGUACAUGUUAAAAUCUAAGCUCAGCUUAGCAGUGACCUAAAAUACAUAAAUAUAAUUUUACUUACAAAAAAAAAUGAAGUGGAGACUCCUUGGACGCUCUAAUAGUGCAAUUAAUGCCACAGCAAGUCAUUUUGUCCAACAAUUGCACAAAAAAUAUCCAAACAAGAAUACACACACACAGAGACUCAAAAUCCCGGAACAGUUUCCAAGCCAGACCGAGGCUCUACUGAGGCCUUUCCACGGAGCUAGCUCUGCGGUCACGUGGGUCUGAGGUGGCGGUCACGUGGGUCGGAUGCUCAAUUCAAUUCAUUUCAAUAAUUUAUUUCACUCAAAGUUUAAAUAUACAAACUUCAAAUUAGAAUAUAAGCAUUCAAGUGAAAUAGGGGGAGGAAGAAGAAAAAAAUCUUAUAUGACCUACCCCCUUUAACUAAGACAAGAUAAAUAACAAAGUACAAAAUAGCCUUGUACACACAAAAUAAACCGCUCUCUUCCACAAAUAAUAUCACUACUAAAAAAUUAAUCCUCCAUCCUCAACUCACCAAAUCAUACGAUUUUAGCAUUUUAUCUUUAUACAUUUUUUUGAAUUGAUCAGUAGUUGUACAUUUUUUUAAUUCAUCAUCCAGGUUAUUCCAUAAUUUCACACCAUAUAUUGAAAUACACGUUUGCUUUAAUGUAGUACGAACAAAUAUCCCUUUAAACUCUGGUUUCUUUCUACUCUUAUCAUUUUUUGGGCUCAAAACAAAGAACCUUUGUAGAUUAGUUGGCAGUAAAUUAUUUCUAGCCUUAAACAUAAUUAGUAAAAUUUUCAAGUUAACUAAGUCUUUGAAUUUCAUAAUUUUAGAUAGAACAAAAUAGUUGUUAGUAUGUUCUCUCGGAUUAGCUUUAUGUAGAAUUUGCAAAACUUUCUUCUGUAACAGAAACAAAGGAUUAGUGUUUGUUUUAUACGUAUUGCCCCAAACCUCAAUACAAUAAGAUAAAUGAAUAAUAUAAUGUCUGAAGCGUUGAAAUUUCUAGAAAACCUUUGACUUUGUUUAAAAUUCCAAUACUUUUGGAUAUUUUUUGUUUUAUAUAUUUUAUAUGGGAUUUCCAAGUAAAUUUAUGGUCCAAGAGAACCCCUAAGAAUCUGACUUCAUUUACUCUAUCAAUUAAAAAACCAUCAAUAGACAAAGUAACUAAAUCAUUAGUUUUUCUGUUACCAAAAACCAUGAAUUUUGUUAUAUUCCAAUUGAGAAAUAAUUUAUUGUCAUUAAACCACUUCUUAAGUUUAGACAUUUCACAAACCAUAUUUUGAAUAAUAAUUUCUAAAUCAUGCUUUCGUUCUUUUUUAAACACAGAAACAGUUUUGUUUACCUGUUUGUAGCUACGGUUUCGCCGACAGCUGCCGGCUUCUUCAGGCUGACGCUGAUGGUGGCGUCACUUCCUUCUCCGUUUAUCUGCGGGCAGCAGAGGACGUUGUCGCCCUCUACUGCCCGCUCUCCCCUCUCCGAUGAUGCAUUCCCAUGCGUGGUCCAGCGUGUAAACUCCGUCGUCCCUGUUCAUGGUCCCACAUCCACGUCUCCUUAUCUCGAUUGCUUCCUUGAUCCAUCUUUUGUAUUUUUGUUGUUCAGUGGUUAUGAUCCAUGUGCUGUCCCAGUCCAUUAUAU